GGCCCGGGAGCGCCGGCGUUGGCGAGCGGUGGAGGCCGGCCUGGCGGCGGCCAUGGACCACUUGGUGUGGACCAGCGGCCUCCUGGAGAUCAACGAGACCCUGGUGAUCCAGCAGCAUGGGGUGCGCAUCUACGACGGUGAGGAGAAGAUAAAAUUUGAUGCUGGGACCCUCCUCCUUAGUACACACGGACUGAUUUGGAGAGAUCAGAAAAAUCAUGAGUGCUGCAUGGCCAUUCCUCUGUCCCACAUUGUAUUCAUUGAGGAACAGGCAGCUGGAAUUGGGAAGAGUGCCAAAAUAGUGGUUCAUCUGUACCCAGCUCCUCCUACCAAAGAACCUGGCCCAUUCCAGAGUAGUAAAAACUCCUAUAUCAAACUCUCCUUCAAAGAGCAUGGCCAGAUUGAGUUUUACAGGCGUUUAUCAGAGGAAAUGACACAAAGAAGAUGGGAGAACAUGCCAGUGUCUCAGUCAAUACAAACAAAUAGAGGACCCCAGCCAGGAAGAGUAAGAGCUGUAGGAAUUGUAGGUAUUGAAAGGAAACUGGAAGAAAAAAGAAAAGAAACUGACAAAAAUAUUUCUGAGGCCUUUGAAGACCUCAGCAAGCUAAUGAUCAAGGCUAAGGAAAUGGUGGAGUUAUCAAAAUCAAUUGCUAAUAAAAUUAAAGAGACGCAGGGUGACAUCACAGAAGAUGAGACCAUCAGAUUUAAGUCCUACUUGCUGAGCAUGGGAAUAGCUAACCCAGUUACCAGAGAAACCUAUGGCUCAGGAACACAGUACCACAUGCAGCUGGCCAAACAGCUGGCUGGAAUAUUGCAGGUGCCUUUAGAGGAACGAGGCGGAAUAAUGUCACUCACACUCACAGAGGUGUACUGUUUAGUAAACCGGGCUCGAGGAAUGAAAUUGCUCUCACCAGAAGAUUUAGUGAAUGCAUGCAAGAUGCUAGAAGCACUGAAAUUACCUCUCAGACUCCGGGUUUUUGACAGUAGCGUCAUGGUAAUUGAGCUUCAGUCCCACAAGGAAGAGGAAAUGGUAGCCUCGGCCCUGGAGACAGUUUCAGAAAAAGGAUCCCUAACAUCAGAAGAGUUUGCCAAGCUCUUGGGAAUGUCUGUCCUCCUGGCCAAAGAAAGGUUACUGCUUGCAGAGAAGAUGGGUCAUCUUUGCCGAGAUGACUCAGUGGAAGGCUUGCCGUUUUACCCAAAUUUAUUUAUGACACAGAGCUAAGGGUUUUGUAUUUGAAAUACUUUUUGUCCAUACUUUUAUCUGGUAGAUUGUGUGACACUGAGCUAAGAGAUAAACCCCGAUAAAUUGAAGAUUUAUUAGAAUUUCACAGAAUGAUAUAAAACUCUUUUAAUCUCUCCCUAUAUAUUAUGGUUCUGAAAACUUAUUUAGGAUACAUAAAGGAAAAUACAGAAAAAUGAAUGCCAAUAUGAAUUUAAAAUCAUGCUAUAGUUGUGCAAAAUCCUCCGAGUUUAACUUGAAAUACAGUAGAUUUUGAUUCCCAAAAGUAACCAUUUAGUGAAGAAGGGAAUUUAAGUCCUUGAAGGAGGAAAAA